GGGUUAGUGGAUGGACAACCGCUGACCGUGGGGUGGACUCGUCAGAUUGCAAACCAGACUGCGUGGGAUUGCGCGGAGUUUCGUGACGGUGAGCGACGGAGGGACAGCAAAGCUCUUGAAAUGUCCUAUUUGCACAGCAAUUGGAGAGAUGUCGACGCUUGGAGAAGUGAAGGGUUGCCACUGUCAACGACUAGCAAUGAGGCAGCAAAAAUGUAUGAUGCUACUUUAACACAGUACACAGGAUGGUAUGAUGAACCUACUGUGGGUGGGAUUGAGGGCUCACUUUCCAAGAUGAUGAAAGCUGAUCCUGAUUUUGUAAUGGGGCAUGUGGUAUCUUGUGGUUUGGAACUGAUUGCAUCUGGCAAAGGGAUUCAUGUUGAUCAAGAACUUAGGAAUAACAUGCAGGUACUGGAGUCUUUAGCUGCUAAGAGUGACAUCACAAACCGAGAAAAGCUCCAUGUCAAGGCUGUGAAAGAGUGGGCAGAGGGAAAUACUGCCCAAGCUUGUCUAACCUGGGAGGAUAUAUUAAUAGAGAAUCCAACUGACAUGUUUGCAUUGAAAAUGGCCCAUGACUCGUAUUUCUACCUUGGCUAUCAGUCUCAGAUUAGAGAUUCUAUUGCGCGUGUGCUCCCACGUUGGAAGGAAAAUAUCCCGCUUUAUGGAUAUCUUCAGGGAAUGUAUGCAUUUGGCUUGGUAGAAACUGGAUUUUAUAAGGAGGCAGAAAAGCGUGCACUGAAGGGUUUAGAACUGAAUCCAAGAGACUGCUGGAGCACUCAUGCAGAGGCCCAUGUUCUUGAGAUGGAGGGACGGCAGGAUGAUGGCAUUUCAUUUUUAAGCAAGACGCUCAAUGACUGGACGAUGGGAGCAAUGCUAGCCUGUCAUAAUUACUGGCACUGGGCUCUCUAUCACAUCGAAAAGGGAGAGCAUCAGGCUGCAGUAGACAUUUAUGAUGAGGAGGUUGGAAAGCGCUGUCAUUCUGGUGCCAUGCUCGAUUUAGUGGAUGCCUCGUCACUUCUUUACAGACUUCAAAUGGAAGGUGUUGAUGUUGGUAGUCGAUGGAAAGAUCUCUAUCACUUAUGGGAGUCACACACGGAUGAUCAUAUUUUGGUUUUUAAUGAUGUCCACAUGCUAAUGUGUACAUUAGGAGCAAAGAAUGAAGAUGCUACAGUAAAACUCAUGGAAUCCUUGAGAGACUAUGUCAGGGAUGGUUCAGGAACUAACUGUGAUGUAACCAGAGAGGUUGGACUGACCCUCUGUCAAUCAUUUGUACAAGCUGACAGGAGAGACAUUUUCAACUUAUACCUAAUUUACGCAGCUUUGAAUUCCCCGCGAAAACAACAUCAUAAAUUGGUUAGGAGCUUAUUAACAGAGAGAAAGGCAAUGAAGGAAAACGCGCCGAUGACAGACCGACUCAUGGGCAAGGCUUUAGCACUGCACGUGGAAUAACGAGAACGUCUGGUUUUUGACUCCUAGUUAGGCACUUAAUAUUAGGUACGAACUAAAAAUUUAUUUAAACAAUGCAAUAUUCACAAUAACAAAAUUACAGUUGUCCGACGGUUCGAUGUUGUUGACAUCAUUAUCAAGGUAAAAUGACAGUUUUAUCACGGUGUGAAUAAGUGAAUAACGUGGAAAUAUUGUUUAUUUGCGUUCGUGUAAGUCAAGUCAAGUCAAGUCGAGUCAUCUUUAUUUAGGCAGGGUAGCCCCAUCAGCCAUAGGCUGGUAUCAAAAGGAGCCCUGCGUAUGUGUAAAACAUUUUACCACUCCAAAAUAAAAUUCAUAUCUUUCUUUC